CGUCAGAGAAGAUAUCGGCUGUUUUCAGGAGGAUUUCAGAAGUCUCUGGAAUGUGACAGCCUCGCUCAUUUGUGUCCGUAGAAGAAGAAGAAAGCGGAAGUGGAUACUCCGCUAAUCGCCGGGCGCCUUACUUCAAAACAAUCACACGAAAGCCUGAAUUUCGUGAGCAUCGAAGUUAAAUUUAUAGUACAUAGCGAAAUGCGUCAAAACAUUGACAAGUGUUAUAUUUUAUAAUGUAAAAACCUGCCUGUGAAUUCACCCGUAUUUUGUGCAUUUACGUAGUCUUAAUCCGUGAUCGUUCGUCAGUGUAGUGUAGCCUAGCUUACCAAACUGUUUGCUUUGCAGAAUGCCGCUGUCCACUCAGUCCCAGAUCGAAGAUGAGCAGUAUGUUUUCAUGGCCAGUUUGGAUAAUGCCCGCAAUAUCUCCAAUAUACUGAAAGCCAUCGCUUUCAAAGACCAUGCCGUCUUCACAGCCACGCCAAACGGUCUGAAAGUCACUGUGGAGGACUCCAAAUGUCUGCAAGCCAAUGCCUUCAUCCAGGUUGAGGUUUUUCAGGAAUUCACCAUAAAAGAAGAUGUGGUGGGUUUUCAGGUCAAUCUCACCGUGUUGCUCGACUGUCUCAACAUCUUUGGAGGAAGCACAGCACCAGGAGUAUCAACAGCAUUACGGAUCUGUUACAAAGGCUACGGCUACCCUCUGACACUGUUCCUGGAGGAGGGGGGCGUAGUCACAGUUUGCAAGAUUAACACUGAAGAACCGGAAGAAACAAUCGACUUUGAAUUCUGCAGCAGUGACGUCACGAACAAGAUAAUCCUGCAGUCAGAGAACCUGAAGGAAGCUUUCUCUGAACUGGACAUGACCAGUGAAGUGCUUCAGUUCACCAUGUCGCCCAACCAGCCUUACUUCAGGUUGUCCACAUUCGGGAACUCUGGAAAUGCCCAUUACGAUUAUUCCAAAGACUCGGACAUGAUGGAGCUGUUCAAGUGCACGAAGACGCAAACCAACAGAUACAAGAUGUCCUUGCUGAAGCCGUCCACUAAAGCCCUGGCCUUGUCCUGCAAAGUGUCGGUGAGGACGAACAGCCGGGGUUUCCUCUCCCUGCAGUACCUCAUCAGGAAUGACGACGGACAGAUCUGCUUUGUGGAAUUUUAUUGUUGUCCGGACGAAGACGUGGAAGAGGAUUGAUCCCAGCCCACAAAAUGUGACUUUAAAUAGGUCUUGUCACUUCAGCGCUUGGUCAGAGGCUUUGACGGAGUGCUGCAACAUCUGGCAGACACUGGGUGGUUCAGACGUGAGAGGGAUGGACAGUCAAACUAGUGUGGGAAAGUUCCAUUUGUUUGCUACACAUGGACAUCAAUGAACCACUCAUUUUUCUGGAACCCAGUUACCGUGUUGGGAUCUUCUAAGUUCUGCAUUUGAAACUGUGUAGUUAUUGUCACAUUUAACUCACUCAGGAUGGUCAGCGACUCUGUAUUGUCCCCGACACUUAGAAUUCUAACUAUGUCCAGUGUGUAUGUUGGCAGACAAACCAGAUUCGUGGUCUUGUUCAUAACAAGUUUGAACUGUUUUAUUUUCACUUGAACUCAAUAAACAAUUUAUGUUAUUAAAAAAAAAAAAGAUGGGCACAU